AGGCUGAAAGAUUAGCCUGGCUUCCAUGAAAGCCACUUCGCCUGCUGCUCGGGAACCCAGGGGUGGCUUUCCAAGUCCUCAGACUCCUCGCACAGAGGAGGCAGCUUGGGAAGAUCAGCCUCUUGGGCUUGCUCCUGCGGCCAAGAACCAGUUUGCUCCGGCACCCAGGGCUCUCUGCAGCUGGCGUCCAGCAUGAAGGAGAAGCAAGCACUGUCCCCGGAGGACAUGGCCCAGCAGACCACCCUGGAACCUCUGCUGCCAAAAGACGCCGGCGCUGUGCAUGGAGAGGCCACGCUGCCUGGACCUGCUGCGGUCUCCCUCGCCAGUCUGGGAGAAGCCCCGAGCUACGAGGCCAUGAGGGUGAACGAAAAGUACUCGUCGCUGCCCGCCGCGGCCGACAGGGGCGUGCACAUUAUCAACAUCCGCGCCAUCGACGACCUGGGCUACCUGCAGUCCGAGGGCACGCUGUUGAACUCACUGGCCGUGGACCCCGAUGCCAACUGCAAGUAUGGCCUCUAUUUUCAAGAUGGCCAGAGAAAAGUGGACUACAUCCUCGUCUACAAUUACAAGAGGACUUCAGGCCACAACAUCCUAGCCCGAGUCCUCCAUGUUGAUCCCUCCCUAGGGGCCCAGAGCCUCAAGCAAGAGCCUCUGCCUGGCAAGGACGGGCCCCUGGACUCGGGUGAGAUUGACCAUCAUGAAGAUGACAAGCGAUCUCGUCGGGAAGAGUAUGAGAGCAACCUCCUGGAGGCCGGACUCGAGCUGGAGAAAGAUGAGGAUACUAAAAUACAUGGAAUUGGAUUUGUGAAAAUCCACGCGCCCUGGAACGUUCUGUGCCGAGAGGCUGAAUUUUUGAAACUCAAAAUGCCCACCAAGAAGAUGUACCAGAUUAACCAGAGCCGGGGCCUCCUCAAAAAAAUUAACUCCGUCUUCCAGAAGAUAACAGAGCCCAUUCAACCCCGAGUGGCUGACAACAGAUCUCAGACCAUGAAGAGACUCUCUUUUGCCUUCUCCCGGGAAAAGCAGCACCUGUUUGACCUGAGUGAUAAGGAUUCUUUUUUUGACAGCAAAACUCGGAGCACUAUAGUCUACGAGAUUUUGAAGAGGACAACCUGCUCAAAGGCCAGCAUGGGACAAGGAGAGGGAAGAAAGAAGGAUACUGCCCUUUUAAAUAAAAGGAGAAAGUGUGGUCAAUAUGGAAUCACCAGCCUCCUGGCCAACGGCAUAUAUACCGCAGCCUACCCCCUGCACGAUGGUGACUUUGAAGGAGAAGAUAUUGAGUUGAAUGACAGAAAAAUUCUGUGUGAGGAGUGGGCCACCUAUGGGGCCUUCUAUAAGUACCAGCCAAUCCACUUGAUCAGGAAGUAUUUUGGUGAGAAGGUCGGCCUGUACUUUGCCUGGCUGGGCGUGUACACUCAAAUGCUCAUUCCUGCUUCCAUUGUCGGGAUCAUUGUGUUUCUCUAUGGAUGUCUCACCGUUGACGAAAACAUACCCAGCAUGGAGAUGUGUGACCAGCAGAACAACAUCACCAUGUGCCCCCUGUGUGACCGGACAUGCAGCUACUGGAAACUCAGCUCAGCCUGCGCCACGGCUCGAGCCAGCCACUUCUUUGACAACCCAGCCACGGUCUUCUUCUCCGUCUUCAUGGCCCUGUGGGCUGCCAUGUUUAUGGAACAUUGGAAGAGAAAACAGAUGCGGCUCAACUAUAAAUGGGACCUCACUGGGUUCGAGGAGGAAGAGGAGACCGUCAAGGCGCAUCCAAGGGCGGAGUACGAGGCCAAAGUUUUGGAGAAAUCCCUUCGGAAAGAUUCCCGACACAAGGAGAUCGAUAAGGAGAAGCUGACGUGGAAGGACCGACUCCCAGCCUACCUGACCAAUUUUGUCAGCUUCAUCUUCAUGAUCGGGCUGACGUUCGCCAUCGUGUUCGCAGUCAUUAUCUACAGAAUCUCGACCGCGGCUGCUUUGGCCAUCAGCUCCUCCCCCUCCGGCCGGUCCAACGUGAGGGUCACGGUCACAGCCACGGCGGUCAUCAUUAACCUGGUGGUCAUCAUUAUCUUGGAUGAACUGUACGGCUCCAUAGCGCGAUGGCUGACCCAGAUCGAGGUUCCCAAGACGGACAAGAAUUUUGAAGAGCGGUUGAUCUUCAAGGCCUUCCUGCUGAAGUUUGUGAAUGCUUACACCCCCAUCUUUUAUGUUGCUUUCUUCAAAGGCCGGUUUGUUGGGCGCCCGGGAGACUACGUCUACAUCUUUCAUUCCUUCCGCAUGGAAGAGUGUGCACCUGGUGGCUGUUUGAUGGAGCUCUGCAUCCAGCUUAGCAUCAUCAUGUUGGGCAAGCAGCUGAUUCAGAACAACCUGUUCGAGAUUGGCAUCCCAAAAAUGAAGAAAUUUUUCCGCUACUUAAAACAACAGCGGCCGAUUGACCAUGAAGAGUCCACCAAGAAGAAGCAGAGGUAUGAGGUGGAUUACAACCUGGAGCCCUUCUCAGGACUGACUCCGGAGUACAUGGAAAUGAUAAUCCAGUUUGGGUUUGUCACCCUGUUCGUUGCCUCCUUCCCACUGGCACCUCUGUUUGCCCUGCUGAACAACAUCAUAGAAAUCCGUCUGGAUGCCAAGAAGUUUGUCACUGAGCUCCGGAGACCUGUGGCAAUCAGAGCGAAAGACAUAGGCAUCUGGUACAAUAUUCUCCGAGGCAUUGGAAAGUUGGCUGUUAUCAUCAAUGCCUUCGUCAUCUCCUUCACCUCAGACUUCAUCCCCCGACUCGUGUAUCGCUACAUGUACAGCUCCAACGGCUCCAUGCAUGGCUUUGUGAACCACACACUCUCCUAUUUCAACGUCAGCGACUUCCAAGCCGGGACAGGUCCCAAUGACCCCAUGGACUUGGGCUAUGAGGUGCAGAUCUGCAGGUAUAAAGAUUACCGAGAGCCUCCUUGGUCGGAAAACAAAUAUGAGAUAUCCAAGGACUUCUGGGCCGUCCUGGCCGCCCGCCUGGCCUUUGUCAUCGUCUUCCAGAACCUGGUCAUGUUCAUGAGUGACUUCGUAGACUGGAUCAUUCCUGACAUUCCCAAAGACAUCAGCCAGCAGAUUCACAAGGAGAAGGUCCUCCUGGUGGAACUCUUCAUGAAGGAGGAGCAGGGCAAGCAGCAGAUGUUAGAGACCUUGAAGGAGAAAGAUAACCUCCAGGGUGCCAACUGCAAUAAUCACAGGACCCAGCGAGACAGCACAGCAUCCAGACGCUCCUACCAUGUGGCCAUUUAGCAGGAGGGAGGCCCAGACUUCCAGAACCCUCGGGCACACCAGUGAGAACCGCUCUGCCUGGCACAGGGUCCAGAGUGAGCCAAAGCCUGCUGGUGCCUGUGCUGGGCAGAAACAGAGGACCAUGUCCUGAUGGGACACUUUUUUUCCUUUUUUUUUUUCUUUUUGCACAAACUGUAAUGCGGGGAAUUUCUCUCUCUCUCUCUCUCUCUCUCUCUCUCUCUCUCUCUCUCUCAAGUCAAGGUUAAUCAAAAAAAAAAGUUGAUGGUGAUGCCCAUAGGGUCAGUGCACAUACUUACUAGAAACAGUUCUCUGAAGAGUCAGUAGUGUCUUUUCUGCUGAAAGAUGAGUGAGGAUCAGCAGAGGACGAACCCUUUUUAACUUUUCGAUGCCUUAACAUGUAGACAAAGUGGUUUUCCUAGAUGCGAGGCCUGAGCUCCUAGCAGCACAGGGAGCUGCUGAAUCACAGGCUAGGUUUGGAGGUGGGUUUUCAGAAGCUGCCAGAGCAAGGGAGGGGAAUCCAUUUCUACCCAAACAUGUUCUUGUUCUUCAUACUGAGGCCUUCUGAGCUUCCAUCCAAGAAAGCCCUGCCCCAGCCAGCCUGGGGAGCUGGGGACCAGAGUCUGGCCUUCAGGGUUCCAGAUGCAGUGCAUGCUGGGAGGGACUGAGUGUGGCCUGCCAUGGGGGGAAGGGACUCCAGACCACUCCCCCAUAUGCCCCAGUGGCCAACCCCAAUAUAUCCUCUCCCUCUCCUUCCCCUAACCACUCACCCCCAAUCCUUUGUCAAACCCUUUGGUUGCAGUGAAAGCACAUUGACAAAGGACUAUUAGAAGCGAGGCAUCCUGAGGGGUAUUUUUAGAGGCUAUUUCCAGUUUUAAAUAGAAGUCAUACCACCUCAUUCCAGAGGAGACAGUCUCAGCUUCAUGGUAUUUAUUGGUUUCAAAAAUAAAUUAUGGGGUGAGAUUGAUUUUUUUUUCUGCAGUUGGCCUAAAAUGUACCAGAGGUGGACGGAGUUUAUUAUGUUAACCAAAUAUCUCUGCAAGGCAUUUAAAAGAUUGUUCCUACCAAAGAUUUUUAUUAAUAAAGGGCUUAUAUUUUGGUAACAUGCUCUUCUAUCUUUACUUAGAGGAAUUUCACUAUUGGAUAACAGUCAUUUAGAAGGCUUAUUAAACAUACACACACAGAGAGUUCUCCUUGGUGACAGGAGUCUUCUCCAUGGACACCAAAGCCCACUGGUCGGAGAUUUCCAAAGGCCGGACCCUCUCCAAGAGAGUGGUGAAUGUAAUCAGUCAUCUUCUCAGUCCCCUUUGUGAUGUCCCGGCGUCUGUGUGAGCGGCAGGCACACCAAAGCCCACUGGUCGGAGAUUUCCAAAGGCCGGACCCUCUCCAAGAGAGUGGUGAAUGUAAUCAGUCAUCUUCUCAGUCCCCUUUGUGAUGUCCCGGCGUCUGUGUGAGCGGCAGGCACACCAAAGCCCACUGGUCGGAGAUUUCCAAAGGCCGGACCCUCUCCAAGAGAGUGGUGAAUGUAAUCAGUCAUCUUCUCAGUCCCCUUUGUGAUGUCCCGACGUCUCUGUGAGCGGCCGGCAGUCUCUGUCCCCAGCAUUAAGGGCUCUGAUACAAAUGGAUGCUUUAUUUUCUCUUGUACAGGAAGUUGUUUGAAAUGGGUUUGUAUAUAAAUAUUGUAUUAAAAAUGAGGUGAUUACCCAAAAAAUCA